AUGAGGGACUUCAUGAACUCCAUGGAGUUUCUUUCCACGCAGCAGACCUGCCAGUUCAGUAGGCUAACGUGUGCGGCUUUUCUUUUUCUUCUCCCAGAACCAAUCUACGUUCCAUUCCUCAUUGUUGGAUCGAUAUUUAUUGCCUUCAUUAUCGUGGGCUCUCUGGUUGCGGUUUAUUGUUGCACAUGCUUAAGACCUAAACAGCCGUCCCAGCCAAUACGAUUUUCUCUGCGGAGCUAUCAGACCGAGACUCUUCCCAUGAUCCUGGCCUCGACAAGCUUCAGGACGCCGUCGAGGCAGUCCAGUACCGCGACAAGUUCCAGUUCGACCAGUGGCUCGGUUCGCAGGUUCUCCUUUCCCCGGGCAGAGCCGGGGUGCCUUGUGGCAUCGCCACCUCCACCGUACACGUCUGGCUGCUUCCAGACAGCCCAUGCAGUCCACCUGUCCCAGCCGUCGGGAUUUCUGGUGUCACCACCGUACUUUGGGUAUCCUCUCCAGCCAGAGCCCGCCCUGGCUGGGAAGAGCUGCUCCGAUUUUAGUCAGAGCUGA